AUGAGUCUGCGAGGCUCUUCGAAAUGGGGCAAGCUGCUACGCAAGACUGAAGCCUCGGAANAGAACUUUAAGCUCAACGAAGACGUCGUCGACUUCCUCAAACCAUCGACUGAAAAGGAGAGAAUCCCUGGCGAAGGCACGCGACAGCUACCAGCUCCCCGAAUUGACACUGCCGCUGCGCAGAGAUGGCCAGACGCCACCGAUGUACGGAGAGCUGCUGCCAGUCCCCCUGAAGUAUACGCAGCGAAGCCAAAGAAAAAGAAGAAGAAUGUCAACGUCUCAUUCGUGAGAACACCACCAGAAAUCAUUGGAGAGGGCGGUGACGACUCGGAGGUUCCAGUGGUUGAGGUGUCAAGAGCAAAGGCGAGAUUGGCAAGGUCACACACAGAAAGACGAGCUGCAGCCCCUGUGCUGGACACGCAGGCAGCAGAAAGACAUCGCCAGGCCGCCGAUUACCCCAUGAGCGCUCCUGCCGUCCGUAAUGCCUAUCAACGCAAUAACUCGCUGGCCGACCCGACACAUCCUGUAAACCAUCCCUUCUUCGAAUCGCAACCUCAACCUAUACCCCCUCCAGUCCCACAACAUGCCCCUGCACAGGAGAGUCCUCGACCAGGCAUGCUGAAGCGCGCUCCCACCACUUUUAGCAGCUUGGAAGAUGACUCGAUUUCUCCCACCAGCGAUGAAGAUGUGCCACCAAUCCCACCACAUAUUGAACUUCCCAUGAAAACAAUACGACCUCCUGAAUCUCCCAUGUCUCCACCCAUAAUAGACAACACUGAAUUGGCCAGCUUUCUGCAAGACUCUCCACCACAACCUCGUUCCCUGCCGCCCAGAGACGCCAAACGCCAGAGCAUGAUCCGUGAAGAGGAGGGCAGGGUUUUGCGUCGCUUGUCCAGACUCGACUACGAUGUAGUUACACCUGAUGCGCUGGACCCACGAAGACCACCUAGCCCGAACUCGCCUCCUCGUGAGAGCCGAUCUCGUAGUCCACACCUACCAUCCAUCAUACCCACCGAUUUUGGCUCAGCUAUACCUGACCAUCUUCGCUCUGCUUCUCCUGAACAGCCAGCACCACCAAUAGUGCUCCCUCACCGCGCACAUCCACUACCCGAGAUUCCUAGUCAGCACGACGAUUCCACCAGUACUGCAGUCCAUCCAAUCACGACAAGAAACAUGCAACCAUCUUUCUCUUCAUCUCAUUACACCAAUGACUCGACCCACUCGGCUUCAAGCCACCGGCAGCGACUUCCCUCGGACUUCAUGUCUCCUACCUCGCCUGUUUCUUCCGUCCGCUCAGCUUCUUUACAGCCCAACAAUCCUUCAAGGCUACCGGCUUCUUCAAACGCUCAUCCUCUACCUCAACCUCCGAGCCGUGGACCAAGCCCAAGCUACUUCUCACAACAGUCACUGGCACCUCAAGCACAAAACUUCAAUGGCCUUACUCCUGGUAUCACACCCGGAAUCACCCCUGGUCUCACUCCUGGAAACCUUCCUAUACCUUCGUACGAUGCGAAUGGUAGAUCUGGAUCCGCCUUUUCUUACCGAAACAUUUCUCCUCCUGAGCAUGUCCAAGGAACUGCUGAGCAUGAUGCUCUUUUCGACUUUGGCAUGCGUGUCGCCCACAUGAGGGGCGUGUUCCGAUUGACAGCUGAGCGAGAGCGAUCCAUUCAGAGUUGCACCAUCCGGGAGUGGAUCCGUGCUGCUAUUUGGUGGCUACACAAAGGUCGCGCAGGUUUAACUGUUCAGAUUCGAAGUACACCCAAGGGGACAAACAGGCCCGAGACUCUUACACAAGCACACGUUGAUGUUGCCAAAACAUGGUGGAUUCUCACCGAUGUCUUGUCUGGUGCAGAUUCACCACACUCCAAGAUUGACUCCCCACAAGAUACGUUGCUGCGAGACAUGGAUAUAGUCCGUGCAAGUCUUCGUACUUUCACCUUGUCAAUGAGCCGAAACAAUGUGAUGCCACCUCAUCAGUCUCUCAUUCAAGGUCAAGAUACGACGAUGUGGGUGGAGUAUCCUCGUUUUGCUUCGGAUGUUGCUUCGCUUCUGCGUGGCAAGGCAUCUCAAGCGUUGAUCGCACAGGAUGAAGUAGAGGAAGCAAAUCCUCUGGAAGCACUACCUCUUGGCGACACAAGAGACACGUUCUGUUACAGCAGAAUGUUUGUCAAUGCUUCAGUCAACACAGACGAAGCAAACACUGAUCGCGUUGUCUUACCUUGUGUUCUCACUAUGAUCAGAGGCAAAUCCGAGUUCCAGACCUCGGUAGUCAUCUCGAGUCAAGCAGAUUUGGUGAACCUAGCAAUCAGGCCUGGAGAUGGAGGGUACGGUAAAGGCCCCACCUGGCAUGAUGUCAGUUGGAAGUCGAAAGAGCAUGGUCUAUACAUUCGUCUUCCCAGAGGUUUCACACUCAACCUUGCGUUCCAGGAAACGGACUUCCGUUCUUUGUGGAGCAUGGUUGACUACACUAAUAAGAUCUAUGGCAGCAUGAAGCCUGAAGCCGACGAGCGCAUGGUUCAUGAAGCCCAUCUGGUCGAACUCGCACACACCGACUCUACCAACCCGAAUGCAUUCUCCAAGGAUAAGGUCCGGUCGUGUACAGCAUUCCUGUUCGAGAAGAGACUUCAUGUGCGCACUGGACUGGGCGAGACCAACUUGCAUCGUGGAUAUCGUCUGCUGUUGAUGGCAAAUCCUGUCAACAAGUCCUUAACAAUGGCUGGCAUUCCUUUGUGCAGAACCUCGCCACUGCUUUUCGAGAUGACGACAGCGCAUGAGAUUCCCAUCAUGCAUGUCUACACGCAGGAUUCGAAGCGACAGUGUCGAACCACACUAGCAUUCAAGAGUGAUCGCGACCGCCAGGACUUUUAUGAGGUGCUGCAAGGCAUUUCCACAGACCAAGAUGAGCAAGUCGUUGCGAGGGUUGGACUGAGAACUAUGACGGCGGAGGCCUCAGUCGGACAAGAUACGAUUGCAGGUGCCUUCCAAGGACUUGCAUGGAAGGACGUGCGAGUUGUGACUGAGGCCAACGCAGCGGUUGGACAAGACCAAGGUGAUAUGACACUUUCGGAGCAUUUCCGUAUUGUUGCGACGCAUGACAACGGUGCAGUGACUGAUCGCCUCAACCNNUUGGAUCUGACCGCCUCACUCGACAUUGCCAAAGCUCAAUAUGGACGGGAAGGUUUGAAGAGAUUCGUUCAAACAGCAGCGACCACACCUACUACCCGCACUUUGGCUUUCUCAUCCUUAGAGGAGCUGCACACAUUCCAAAAAGCGCUCACAAGAUACACUGUCAAGUUUGACGGGACAGCUGCAUUGUUCGGUAUCUCCAGGCGUAGGAUGGUGGUGCCAAUCUACAAGAAAUGGGAAGCGACCAAGGUCCGCAUUCAGAUCUUGACACUCGGCAACGUGACUAAGAUUGCAGCCUUCUUCGAAGAGUUCAGCCACGCAGAUGCCAUGGUGUUCCAGAUCAAAGCAGCAGAUACGUUCGAAAAGGCCAAAGGAGACAAGCAAGCCAAAUACUGUGUCAAGUUUGUGGACGCCAAAUUCAGCUUACCGAAGAAAGAAAAGGAUGGCGAAGGAGGUGAAGAUGAGCCACCAUCAGACUCGCAAGUUUGGGGCAAGGGUGUGCGUCGCAAGUUCAUCAACCUUGAAGGGCUGGAAUAUGCAGGAGAACAUGACGAUAUUACCAUUGGCUUCGAGACGGAAGAAGGUAAGGACUACCCACAACCAGAUCUUGAGAUCAGAACAUUGUGCUGACAAGACUUACAGNAACGCGAUCGCUUUUCCGAAGGGCUGCCGGCAGCAACGACCAACAAGGUGUUCCAACUGAGGAGGAAGAUCUGA